UUAUAAAUAUGGCACUACUUUCAAUAUUGUGAUCGAAGCCAAGACACCAGGUUGAUAACUAGAAAAAUGUGGACUGAGCUAAGCGCCACCAUAUCUAGUCUAGCGGUUGUUUUCUUCAUGUUUGAAAAAUAUUUGAACUAUUUUCCUUAUACAAUUCGUGGGUAUGCUGAAAGAAAUUUUCGGAAGGUGGUUAAUUUUGUGAACCCUUAUGUCGCAAUUUCUUUCCAUGAAUUCACAAGUGAACGCCUCAAGCGUAGCGAUGCCUUCUUCGCCAUUCAAAACUAUCUCAGCACCAGCUCUACCGAGAAUGCUAAGAGACUCAAGGCUGAUGUUGUCAAAGAAAGCCAAUCUGUAGUCCUCAGCAUGGAGGAUUAUGAAGAAGUUACCGAUGUUUUCAACGGGGUCAGGGUCUGGUGGGCAUCAGGCAAAAUUCCCCCCCAAUCAAAAUCCAUUUCUUGGUUUCCUGGCUCUGAAGAGAAGAGGUAUUACAAGCUCACUUUCCAUAAACGUUAUCGGGAAAUCAUCACCAAGUCUUAUGUAGAACAUGUUCUGAAAAAAGGAAAGGAAAUUGCAGUGAAGAACAGACAGAGGAUGCUGUACACAAACAAUCCUAGCAAGGACUGGCACGGGUGGAAGCCUACCAAGUGGGGCAAUAUAGUGUUUGAGCAUCCUUCUACAUUCGAUACUUUGGCAAUGGACACAGCGAAGAAAGAAGAGAUCAAGAAGGACCUAAUCAAGUUCAGCAAAGGGAAAGACUAUUACGCAAAAAUCGGGAAGGCCUGGAAGCGUGGUUAUCUCCUUUAUGGUCCUCCCGGAACUGGAAAAUCAUCUAUGAUUGCUGCCAUGGCUAAUUUAUUGGAUUAUGAUGUUUAUGAUUUGGAGUUGACAACUAUAAAGGACAACAGCGAGCUGCGGAAGCUACUCAUUGAAACGAAAGGAAAGUCUAUUAUUGUGAUUGAGGAUAUUGAUUGCUCGCUUGAUCUUACAGGUCAGAGAAAGAAAAGGAAGGAGAAAGAUGAUGAUGAAGCAGACAAAGAGAAGGAUCCGAUUUCCAAGAUGAAAAGGGAGGCAGAAGAAGAAAGCGGCAGCGGCAGUAAGGUUACUUUAUCAGGGCUUUUGAACGUUAUUGAUGGAAUUUGGUCUGCUUGUGGUGGAGAAAGGAUUAUUAUAUUCACUACCAAUUACGUGGACAAACUCGAUCCUGCUUUGAUUAGGAGGGGGAGGAUGGAUAAGCAUAUAGUAAUGUCAUAUUGCUGCUUUGAAGCAUUCAAGGUGCUAGCCAAGAAUUAUUUGGAUAUUGAAUCGCAUGAAUUAUUUGGGAAAAUCGAAGAGUUGUUUGUUGAGACAAAGAUGUCCCCAGCUGAUGUUGCUGAUAAUUUGAUGCCAAAGUCUGACGAACAAGAUGAGGAGACUUGUUUGAAGAGAUUGGUUGAGGCUCUUGAAGCUUCAAAGGAGGAAGCUAGAAAGAAAUCAGAAGAAGAAGCAAUGCUGAAGACCAAGGAUGGAGUAGUCACUGAAGGUUAGGACAGAAUGGAACCAUUUGGGACAUGAAGCAGCUUGGUUGGAUCACAGCGUUGUUGCAGUUAAAGGGUAUUUUAUGGUGUUUUCUUGUACCUUAUAUUUCUAUUGUUUUCAGCUCCAUGUCAAUGCUCAUGCACCGAUUUAUGGCAAUAGUUGGCCAGCAUAGCCUUCUUUA